CGAGAUUUGGUGGGUUUACACUUCUCGUUGACCACACAGGAAGUAUUUCUGCUCUGCAUGUGAGGCGGUGUUCAUUCUACCAAGAAGAUUUCGAACAAGUAGCAAGAAUGGAGAAAACAGGACAUCCUGCAAAGAAGUUCAAGAAUGCCUCUGGUGCUCCGAUUAAGAAACGCCAGCAACGCUUCAGUUCGGAGAUAGUGUUCACCGCCAAGAAUGGCAGCAUCCAGACCAUUCCCUCUCUGCAGAAGAAGCUGGCUGACGUGACCGGAGAAGUCAUUGUUGGUAUGCAGUAUGUGUGGGAAUACAGGAGCCCCAGUAAGUCUGUGCCUCCCCACUACCAGUGCCGCCUGUGUAAGGUGGCGAAGCUUCAGUCCGAAAUGCUGCGGCACAUCCAGGGAUGGAAACACUUCUUCAAAUACCUGAAGCAGCACCACGGCGACAAAGUGACCUGCACGGAAGAAGAAGCCUCAAACGAUCGAGACGUCAGGAAGACGGUCAGGGAUGUAGCCCAAGAGGUGGAGAAGACCGAGGGACGGGGCAAAAUUAGGGUUGUGCUGAAGGAGCCAAGUGAGGUGCCAGUCUUUCAGGGCAUGAAUUCUGCCAAGCCCAAACUUUUCAAAAGCCCAAUAGGAGGAGGACCAGGAGGACCAGGAGGCCACAGAGCUGGAAUGGGCCCCCGUCCCCAACCAGGUCUGUACGGGUACGGCGAGUUCCCCUCUGGUGGACCGUUGCCUGAUUUUGGCGUGCGCGACCGGCUCGACAGGCGUGACAUGGCCGACAUGCGCGACAUGCGGGACUUCCGUGACGUGAUGGACCUGCACGUGAGUCCGCGGGGGUCGGACAUGGGCAUCGGCAUGGGCCUGGGCAUGGACCUGGGCACGCGGCGCUACUCGGACGGCGGCAUCAUGCGAUCCCCGUCGGACGGCUUCGGCCUGCGCGUCCCCGGCGAGGGCCUGGACCGCUCGUCCUACAUGGAGGAGUUCCGCGGGGGCCCCGGCGCUGACCUCGGCAGCCCCAUCAGGCCCGGCAUGAAGGAGGGCAACAGCAUCCCCGCCACGCUGCUCAAGUACCUGGACUCGUUCCGUAUCGAGAGUGAGAGCGAUGCCCAGAUCGUUCUGAAGGUCACGCAGAAGCUCACGGAUGUACUGAUGGAAUACAGGCUCCGUAGUAUGUCACCAGCCAAGAGUACCCCGCCAUCCCUUGGACCCAUGAGCUACACCAACAGCAGUGACCGUUACUCCAGCAGCAUGGGCGGCCCUUCAAGAUAUUACAACUGAGGAGUGAUGAGGCGUGGGUACCAGGGCUGUGGGCACCAGGGCUGUGGGUACCAGCCCAGAGUUGUUGUUUUUCCAUGAAGUUCACCACUGAUGCAACUGCCCACUGCUGAUCGGCUCAGUCUGUUGGACCAAACAUUGUUGUUGAUAGUUAUGUUUUACAUGUAGAUGUUUGGGGAAAAAUCAGCCUUUAGUUUGAAUUAUCGUGUGUGUGUGUGUGUGUGUGUGUGUGUGUGUGUGUGCGCGUGUGUUUGAGAGUGUUUGAGAGAGAAAGGUGGUAUCGGAAUGAAUUGGGUUGCAAACAAAUGAGAGGAGCUCCAUUGCUUUGGAACAGUGUCUCGUGUGCAUGGUCAAGUUUUUUUACACUGCUGAAUAAAAGUUUAAGCUCAGCUUUCAAAUUUG